AGGCAAAAGAGAAGAUAAUCUCAAAGAACUUAAAGCAGCAGAUUUUUUAUUUCUAGCUUUUUAAAAUGAGAGUCUUUUACUGUUCAUAGUUAAAUUAUGCUUGGAGCAGUAGUAGAUUGAACAAUAGAUCGAUUUUCUCCUCCCUUCAGCCCCAGCAAAUAUAAAUUCCAUGUGCAAAGCUCACACUCUAUUUGCUACUGUAGCAAAAUAAACUGCUUAUAAUGUGUCAAUUUACUCACACAGCUGGAAGAUGGCAGGGGUUGUAAUUUUUUAUUGGACGUCGCAGAUGUUUAGUUUUACAUAUUUUUGUAAAGAAAGGUAUGUUUUAUUUUUAAUUUACCAUUUAUUUUUCAUUUGUGUCUCUUUACAAAAUGUCUAACUUGCCAAUUUGUAUACUGAUUUGCAAAAGUAUUUUUAUAUUUAGAAGGCUUAACAUAAAGACAUCAAUAUUGCAACCAUAAGAUUCCAGUUUCUGUUGACUUGUUAGCACUCCUGUUCUAUAGGGUGAAGAUUAAUCCCAUUUGAAGAGAAAAUGCUAUGCUAAAGCACCUUUAUCCUAAAAAAUACAAAAGUAUGAUACUAUUCUGUUGAAUUGUGCUGUACAUACAAUGAAAAGGUGUUUAGCUACAAGUGUUUUGCUUGUCCCCACACAUAAGAAAAAUGGUGUUACAAUUGGAUAUGUAUACAAUAAGAUAAAUAUUGAAAAGGAAUUUAAAAUUUUGACCACAAUGUAGUAUCCUGUUAAUGGAGAAACAAACAUAUGAUAGAAAGGCGAGAUGUACAAUUACACACAUAUGUUACCAGUUUAUCUGUAUUCAUAUGGCAGCCAUUUAGGAAAGUGCUUGUAAAGAAUUCUUGUGUAAAUAAUUUAUUUUUCAAAGAGUUGUGGCCAAAAAUAGUAAUGCUUGACACUUUGGCACUCUAUUCACUAUUUCAAAUGCAGGUAUCAUUGAUCAGAGGAAGCCAACCAAUUACAGCAAUUCUAUUUAUUUAUUGUUGACAUCCAUAAACAAAAAGCAAAAAGCAAUUGUCUGCACAAAAUGAUAUGAUUAAACAUGUCUUUUUAAUUAAUAUUGACAUUUCCAUGAGAUGAUUUAUUCCCUCUGGAGCUUCUUUAUAUAACCAAUUUUCUCUGUGAAACAGUAAUUGGACUGCCAUAAUUACAGCUGUGACACGGGGCUUGGAACAUCCAAAAAUGAGGACAAGCAAAUAUUCCUGUACCUGGAUAAGUGACCUAAAUAUAAAUGUACUGCUCUCACAUUGUUGCUGGAUGAUGUUCAGAUGGAUCACAUAAUGCUCUUGAAAUCCUGCUACAAGUCAGGCACUCCAGUUUCUACUGAUCUGAUGCAGACUGAGGGUGUUUAAUAUCUUGUAGUGAUGUGCUUAUCAGGAUGUUAAUAAUAAAGCAGGCACAGGCAGAUGAUGCAGUUCUCCAUCUCAUAGGUGAAAGAAAAUAAUACCUAAUUAUCAAUGAGCAACUGGUCAUGUUCCCAUGGAUACAAUGGUUUUCAUAAUACAUUAAGGAAGGAAUGCACCUUUUACAGUGUUUGAUACUUGUUUCUCUCAUACAUUUCAGUGUUAAUAUGGCAGAAUAACCAUGGGAGACUGGAAUUUCCUUGGAGGCAUUUUAGAGGAGGUCCACAUUCAUUCCACUAUCAUUGGAAAGAUUUGGCUAACGAUCCUCUUCAUAUUUCGAAUGCUUGUCCUUGGAGUGGCAACCGAGGAUGUUUGGAAUGAUGAACAAUCAGAAUUUAUAUGCAAUACUGAGCAGCCUGGUUGCAGAAAUGUGUGCUAUGACGAGGCCUUUCCCAUCUCUCUCAUAAGAUACUGGGUCUUGCAAGUUAUAUUUGUGUCUUCCCCUUCCUUGGUGUAUAUGGGUCAUGCCUUAUACCGACUAAGAGCCUUGGAAAAAGAAAGGCAAAAAAAGAAAGCUCAGGUAAGGGUGGAACUUGAAAGCACUGAAUUAGAAAUGACUGAAAAUCGUAAAAGACUGGAGAGAGAGCUCCGACAACUGGAUCAAAGAAAGCUGAACAAAGCACCCCUGAGAGGCUCUCUGCUCUGCACUUAUGUGAUACAUAUUUUCACAAGAUCUGCAGUGGAAGUUGGCUUUAUGAUUGGGCAGUAUCUUCUUUAUGGUUUUCAUUUAGAUCCCCUUUAUAAAUGUCAGAGAGACCCAUGUCCAAACACAGUUGACUGCUUUGUAUCUAGACCAACAGAAAAGACAGUGUUUAUAUUAUUUAUGCAAUCAAUAGCAACUGUAUCAUUGCUUUUAAAUAUUCUAGAAAUUAUCCACUUAGGAUUCCGAAAAAUUAAAAUGGGACUCUGUGAGCAGAAUAAAACCAAAGAUGACUUCGAGAAUUUCUACAUAAACAAAUCUAAGAAAUACUCUGUGAUACCCCACUCUUCUUUGGGAAUAUCCACCACCCCUCAGAAAACACUUCCUUGUGCUCUUAGCAGCUAUACCUUUUUGAUGGAAAAGCAAGCUGACACUAUGCUCUACCCAGUUUUAAAUUCUCCUUCUGUGUUUCAGUCUGUGCAAAAUAACCGUACAGAAAGCAGCAGCAAUUUCACCCAUUGCAAUCAGGAAAAGAAAUCUCCAAAGAAGAGGCCAACUACAAAUGCUUUGGACAGUCAGACUCAAAAUGCUUGCACAAAUAAUAGUGAAGGCUUUCUUGGUGAGCUUUGGACUGAGAUGCAUGAUGCUCAAGAAGAGGCUGAAAAGAAACAUUUUCUUAUUGAUACUCAGAAUGCAGAUAAUGCUGCAAACAUGUACUUGAGAAGCUUUGCUGAGAUGCCAUCUCAAACUUCAUUGCAACCUGGUACAACUUUUCCUAGUACCAGUUCUAGACAACAGGCAAUGGUUGAGAGCACAGGAGCACCAACAACUUCUCUUCCAAAGAACGGUGACAGAAGACAAAGCAGUUUCAGUGCAAACAAAGCCCAAAUUCCUUACAAUGCUGAUGGAAAAAAUUCCAGCCGACCAGACACUUCUGAUUCUAUGGGGGUGGUGAGCUCAGAAUCUACACAAAGCAGAAACUGGAACAGUCCUAAGCUUUUCUCUCUGUCUAGGCAACAGUCACUGUCAAGUAAUGCCAGCAGCAGGCGUGCCCCCACCGAUCUUCAGAUAUAACGAGUUAACUCAUUAGCUGCACUAACCAAUGCUGGGAUAAUUCCUGAACAGAGACAUAACCCAGACCCGUGUUAAAUAAUUCAACUUUAACCAGCUCUUUACUUAAGUAGAAAAGUUGUGUAACGCUUUGAAUAGUAGCUAAGUAAUUUUAAAGUUUCUUUACUUCCUUUGUAAUGCAAAUGUGGCAUAGACCUCCACACUCCAGCUAAAAAGGAAAACAUACAUCCCUCAACCACAUAUUAGGAAAAAGCCAGGCAUAAAAUCACAGCUGAUACUAUUUAAAGUGAAUAAAAGUAGAAAACAAAAUUAACAGUCUAACAAUAUUUUUUACAAAGUCCAGUAAAUGAAAUUAGGCUAAGAUGCUCUCAGAAGCAUAUAUUGGUAAACAUGUCUCUGCCUAAUCAGUCUGAGAUUUCAAACAGACAUGGGGUAGCUGACCAAAAGCAGAAUGUCAAACUUAUUCCACUGUUCAGACUGUUGUAAAUACAAAGAGAAAAGCAUUUACAAAACAGAUAAUUAAUUCUUUGGCUCCAUGGUACAGGUUUUUUUCAGUGUAUCGCCACUGACUUCCUCUGCAGAAAAAUCAAAGUGAAUUCCUUAUAGUAUACUAUCAGAAUUCAAUACACCACUAAUUUUUUUAAACAUCAUGAAUUACAGAUGUGAGCUUUACUUUUGACAUUUUUCAUAACUAAUAAGAUAGCAAAAUCAGAAACCAAGUUACUGAAAUUUACUAAUCAGACAUUUUGAAUUUCACAAACCAGAAGGCUUACUAUGGAAAACAGAAAAAAACAAAACCAAAACCAGAGAACAAAAAGCAAAUAUGGUAAUACCUUCCUGAUUUCAGUUACAAUGUCAAAAGACAUAUAAAAGGUUUAUCAAACACUAAAACUAUUCCUUUUCUGUUUGUCUCUCCCCUGAAUUCUGAUAAACUUCUAAAUCAAGCAAAGCUUCUACCUGUUUAGGAGGAGCAUUUGUGUUUAUGCUUAUUAUGGGGAUAACAAAACAUUAGGACAUUUAUCCACUUGCUGUUCAGGUCCAUAUGGUGUACAGGAAGUUCCAUGAAACAUCUUUUAAUAAUAAAGGAGGCAAAGAUGAACAAAAUACUAUGGUAUAUUUGUAAUCAAGCUUUCUAUGUGUGAAAUACAUUUAUUUGAGUUGCACAGCACUGAAACAGUAGAUGCUUGGUGAGGUGGUCCCAGCUGUAAUGCAUUAAUAUUUUUGUGUGUAUUUUUUACUAGCAGAUUUGACACACUGUUCAUGUACUGAAAAAAUAAUUUGUGAGAUAUAGGAUAAUGAUGUUACAGCACAAUUAAAUUCUUAAGGUGCACUGUCAUUAUGCUUACCAGACAGCCAUGACUGACUGAAAACUAUACAAUACUGGCAAAGGAGCCAGAAAACCUAAAAGGCUCUUUUGCUUGUAGCAGCAACAUUAACCUGGUCCUGUCAAUGUAAGAAAUACACACUAGAACUAUUAAAACUAUUCGCUGUAGAUUUCUCUCCACAAGUAUCCUUUUCACUUCUAUGUGUAUAAAUAAAUACAGCCCUACAUAAUCGUGUUUACCCUGAAAAAUUGAAGGUUGUGUAAUAUACUGGAAUGUGCAUUACUGUAUAAUGUGACUUAGGCAAGUUAAUGCUGCAGCUGUGGCUUUUAUUCUUGCAUUUCUUGAUGCAUAAAAUUCUGUGGGCAAUAACUGCUAAUGCUUGUUUUGCAUUUAAUCUCUCCAUAAUAAAAAGCCUCAUAUUUAAUGCACUCUGUUCCUGCUAUCUAGUAAUAAAAGGUUAGCAUUUAGAUGUUCACAUAUGGGAUAUGACAUUUGUAUUUUUGUUGUUCAAGACAAGUUAAAAAUAAUUUAUCUGCUGCUGUGAAAUUUUAUAAACUUUUUUAUGUCUGGAAAUGAGUUAAGCAUUCUGUUUCAUCACAGCACCUUGCCAAAUGAAGAGUAACUACUGAAAAAUAAAAACAUUGCGGAAGAGCAUGGAGAAAAAGCAUGAAAACUCCCUAAGAUCAUAUGUGCAAGAUCAUUUGGUUGGUCUUUUUUUAUUGUUUUUUUUUUAUUUCUACAAUAAAAAGAUUGACCGCGUUUCAGAAAAAUAAACAGGUAUAACUGCUUCCUUUUUUUUUUUUUUUUUUUUAAACAGGCUAAGGCAAAAGACUUUCCUGUAGAUGCGAAGAUUUCACCACGUAUCACUCUUCAGAGCCUCUUGGGUAGGCACCUCUGUAGCUGCGGCUUACUGCAACUUUCUCCUGUGAUUUCAGUCAGCUGCAGCUACAGAAAUUUAUUAAUCAGACACUUUGAAUUUCACAAA